AUGACUAAACCUUAUUUCACUGACGAAAACAGGGUUCAGAUCGAAGAUCUACCAUCGUUGGAUUUUUUACUACACAUGUUUGUGCAUGACAAUGAACCGCCUCGAUACAUUGAUCUGCUACGGGAGAUUCAGUAUCAUUCAAGGCUGAAUAAGCUCUACAUCCAAGAGUAUUACAUGAUCAUUCAGCAAGAUGACAGCUACAAGUUCAAAUUCAACAAUGACUAUGGUCUUCAUAAUGCCUUGAGAGCCAUUACAGAGAAGAGUAGACUGGAGUUCAAGCUGAUGAAGAUGCAUGGCAAAGAACCCUUCCAUAUCAUCAAGCCCAUAGUGAUAAGAAUGAAUCCAGCAGAAACCGUACUCUCGUCCUUGCCUUCGCCAACACCACUCCCUAUGCGAAAAGACUCGGGAAUCUCAUUUGAGCAAGAUUUGAUCCAAUUCAAUACAACAUACAGCCAUAAGCGAAAACUACCCACACUAUCAAACAUCAUCACCUCUCCACCUAUUCAUUGGUCUCCUGCUGGCAGCAAUCAUAAAUUACCUUCCCUAUCAUACCUGCUUGACAGCCCACAACUAGCUCCUAUUCACAUGCUCCCUCUCUCACCAGUGUCUGCUUCUGCAUCCCCUUAUUCCUCUAGUACUGCUAAUGCAAGAACCAUGACCUACAAAAAGCGGACCAGAGGAGGUAGUGUGCCCCCCAUCAAACACAAUUCGUCUGCGACCAUGUGGAUAGCAGUGGCAAAGCAUGCUGCCAGGCAUUUCGCAGAUCCUACGACCUAUCAAGACAUCAAUCCAUUCACAUGA